UUGAAAAAAAUGAAGAAAGACGAUAUUUCCUCUGUAGUUUGCGAAGAUUCUUACAUAUUACAAUUGGCGCAAUGUUGCUACCACAUGAGAGAGAAGAAACAGAAUCAGGGAUACGUCACUCAGAAGCUGAGGCAAAUGGCACGGAUCCUGAUAACGUUAAGAAAGAAGUCGAUAAACAGCUUCGAAGACGCAGUCAAGCCCCAGAACUUCAACGCCGUUGUAGAAGCUGUUCAGGAGAUUGCGGGCAUCAAAGAGGGGUCGAAGUCGUUUGACAAACCAUCUCUCGUUUGGAAGCUUGGAAAUUCGCUGAAGAAGAUCGCUGACAUUAAAUACGCCAGGGCUUUGAAGGAUGGUGAUGAAGAGGUGUUAGAGGAAGCUGAGGCAUUUAUUAAGCUGUGUACGAAAGAAUGGCCCUCCCAUGCAAAAUCGCAACCAAAAACACCCUGCCAGCCAACCUUACAGUUUACACAAGAUGUGAUGCUGCUCUACAAGUGCCUGAACAGGACAACAGCUUCUGCAGUCCAGAGCCUGAUGAUGUAUGCAGUAACACCGGUCUACAACGCGCUUCUCAAAGUGGUACUUGCAUUCGUGUCCUUCUUAAACAAAAAUAUUCAGGACGUUUCAAGGGUGACACUCCAGUCAUUCAAGGAAAGGGCUUCCGCAGAGCUUCAGGAAGAUGCUGCUGGUUCACAGACCCAGUUGGAGCAAAUUCUGUCCAAGAACCAAGUCACGAUCGGUGUUAGUAACUCAAAUGGAAAAAUAUUUGCUCUUACUUUGAGCCCUGAAGUGCUUUCUGCGCUAACGGUGCUUGUGGACAAGAGGGACACAUGUGGAGUAGGUAAGGACAAUCCCUUCUUAUUUGGGAAUCCUGGUGGCAAAGGGUCAGACUUUCACAAGGGACACGCGUGUAUCAGGAUGUUCGUUAAUCGCUGUGGUGCAAAGAACCAGGAAGCUCUCAGGUCUCAGUGUUUUCGUAAGUACAUAGUAAGAAUUUUCCAGAUUCUCAGCCUUAAAAAUGACGAGCUCACUCAGCUAGCUAAGCUGUUGGGCCGUGACAUUCAGACAGACUGGGAGUAUUAUCAGACACCCGAGGCAGCUGCCGAUGUCGCAAAAAUGUCAGAGCUUCUGUCGGCACUGGAGAAUGGAUCUCUCGAACGAUUCGAAGGAAAGACUCUGGAGGAAAUUGCGAUUCCAGAUGAAUUGCAGCCAGUCACGGAGCCUGUCACCCCCAGAAACAGUGAUGCUGAGGACGAUGAUGAAGGUUCAGAAGUUUCCUUUGAUGUCAACAAGGAUGGUGACGGAGAGCAGAAAAAUACGUCUCCAGACGAGCACAGUGCUGAUGAAGAGCUCGCAGAGGCAAUGGAUAUCGACACAGAGAACCAUGUGGAGGAGGACUAUGAUGAAGAUGAUGACUGGAUGGACGUGGACAGUAAUGCUUCUGCUCCCACUUUAAAUAAAGUCACAGAAAAGAAGACCAACCUAUCGGUGCCCAUGGCUCUGAUGAAAGAAGUGAAGAUAGUAAUCCCAAAACUAGACAUCGGGAAGGUGCAGCAUCCCAUCCACAUUUCCCAGUUGUCAUCUUUGAGUAACAAGCAGCCGGUGGAAGAUAAACCCGUCCAUGAUGACAAGAAACAGAGUGCAAGACCUACUCCACUGACAGAGGUCACAAACAAGCCCAGCUCUGAAAAGGUAGGAAAACUUUCUUCUCUUCCAAUGAAGUAG